UCUACACGUAACACAUAGUUGCAUAGUUGCCACCCUUUUAUAUAGCUUAUGGCUACAGGGUAUUCGACGGAAAAAACUUAAGCCGAGCAUCCAAUUCGAAAAACCAGCUUCAGUAUCUAAAUAUUCUUUGCUGUCGUCUGCCAACUUUCAGUUACCAAACUGUCUUUCUGCAGCGCAAAUCGUUUCACAAAAAACCACCGACUAAAUAUAAAAUCAUUGGUGAAAUGCGCAGUUGGUUUCGAUGGAAAUUUGUGCUGUUGGAACUGUUGCUGCUGCUCGGGCUGCUUUCGCCUGGCCAGUCGGCCAAUUUGCUAAACAGUUAUCUGCCCGCCUCCAUGCAGGCACUGGCCUACUACAUUGAUCUACUGCAAUAUGAACCGUUGUCCAGCACUACCGCAGAGCCGCCGUUCAGUGCUGACGGCCAGCCAUAUGUGAGCACCACACCCCUGACACCCACACGCCCACCGCCCUCUAGCUGGCUUUCCAGCACCAGGCCUACUGCUCGACCCAGCAUCAGCACCACCACCACGAGAAGAAGCACAACGAAGAGACCGAUGGGCAGCACCACUAGUUGGUGGCAACCGCCCAGUUGGUGGGAGACGCCACACCGCACAUCUACCACCUCCAGGCCGACAGGGAAGCCCACACGACCCCACGGACCCGCCCUCUUUGCACCAGCUGCAAAAGUCAAGCAGGUGGGAGUGCCACUGGAGGGAGAGGCGCUCUUCAAUGAGAUCACAGAAGAUUCCGAUUUUGACAAGCUGCCAUUUUCGCUAAUCAAGGACAUACAAACGGAGACACUGCACGAUGACUUCACCAACGAUGUGGAAUCGCUGGAUAACUUUUUGCGGCUCUACGAUGAUAAUUAUGGGCGUGCUGCCUUUGACUUUGAAUCAGCCAUGGAUCGCUGGAGCAGCACAUCGACGGCGGGCAAGAAACGUGUGCCGCCCACCAAACCCUAUGUGGACUUUCUGCUCGUCUACGAUCUGCUCAAGCGCGACGCGAAGGCGGCCAAUUUGAGCAAAUACGAAGGCUACUCGGAGGAGAUGCUGCAUCAGCUAUUUGAGUUAUCGAAUGCCUCGUCGACGCGGCAGCUGCACACACUCUUCCAUCGCAUGCUAGAGCGUGGCGAUAUCCAGCGCAGCGAUGUUGUUGCCCGUGUGCAGGGCAUUCUCAAGGAUCUUGGUAAUCCGAAUAGUGCCACUUCCAAGGCGCUCAUCCAUAUACCCAGUAUGCAGUUUUUGCCCUAGUUCUUAAGUCGACAUUUUUUUGUCCACAAAUCCAACACACAUAAUAAAUUCUAAUUCAUAAACUAUUCAAUUUUAAGCGGCCGUUUGACACAU